UAGACAAAUUGUCAACAGUAUUGUGAGAAAUCUACGUCAAGAUGACCAAGAAGGCGAGUUCAAACAGUCUCUUCAAACCAAUCAAAGUUCGAUAUUUUUUACCUUCUCUCUUUAUUUACCAUAAUAAACAGAUAGAGCAAAACAUACAAGAGAGAGAGAGGUAGAGAGAGAAAACACACUUUUAGGCCUUGACCUGACUGUCAUACCAGUAAGAAACAACAACAACAGACACUUAUGAGAUAUGAAAGCACCAAACAGUCUGCUUGAUAUGAAUUAAUAAAGAAACCUUGGUGCGAAGAUUCGUCCAAUCAAUGUCGACCAAUAAGGAAGGCCGCCAGUUUAGUGGAUUUCUCCAGACGACAUCUUAGCAAUACUUCAUUUUGGCGCGAACCGAUUAAUCACCCACAGGCGUUUGCUGAUUUCUCUGAAACGCCCGGAUGCCAAACAAGCAAUCGCCGAUAAGCAAUCCAUCACGUAUCGAACAAGCUAUUGGAAUUUAAGUAUAUCGGAAAUUGGAUUCAUAAAUUUGGGCUAACAAAACAAAAAAAAUAAUAAUAAAAGAGGGAGAGAAGCUAGAGAGAUGGAUUAGUAUCAUUACCUCGGCCCAAUUUUGAAAGUUUUUGUAUUUGUUGCCUUCCCCCGUCAACAAAAUGAUGGACGAAGGCGUCGCCGAUGAUGAUAGAGCGAGGGCGGGAAUGAACAGGAAACCGUCCCCUGGUGGAGCACCCACGUCACCUGAUUGGGUGAUGCUUGCCCGGCAGUAUCUAACGCUCGUGUUGAUAUCUCUAUUUCUCUCAAGCUGUCACUUAGCAGGGAGUGAGCAAUGCUUUGCGACAGACACCACAGACGAUCUCGAAGCAUGGUCGGGAAUCAUUCGGUCGGCCAACUUCGGCCUCGUGGCCUAUCCAAAUAACGAAGAUUGCCGAUGGGUCAUUCGACUUUCACUCGGCUCACGGAUUUCUCUUCAAUUCAACCAUUUCGACUUGGAACCACCAGGGAGCAUAUGCUUCGACUACAUUGAGAUUUUUGACGGCGGAAAUACCAAUGCUCAAUCCCUCGGUCAAUUCUGCGGGACUACUCCCCCAGAAGAUAUAUUGUCAUCAGGACACGAGUUAGCCGUUGUAUUUCACUCGGACAACACGCAAGGAUUUUCAGGAUUUGAGCUGCAAUACACAGGAGUAUGUUCCGCCGUCUCGUUCCCCCUUGAAGCCGACGAGACCAUCACUAUCGAGUCCCCUCUCUAUCCAGCCGCUUCCCCGUCUCAACCGGCCUGCAGCUGGUCACUUGAAGCACCUGAAGGACAUUACGUGGAAGCAGAAUUCAACGAUUUCCAACUGACUAGUGAUUCGUGCGAUGAUACAGCGAUAGAGGUUUAUGAUGGAGAAGUCUCCCCCUCUGGUAUUUUGAUGACGGUUUGUCCCGAUGCAACACCGCCACCUAAGUUGUUUUCGACCUCCAACACAUUGAUCAUUGUCUUUGGAAGCAGUCAAAGCACAACCUUCGUGUUCUCGAUCAGAGGUUCUGCAAGAGUCUUACCUUGCACAUCUUAUCCUUGCCUGUAUGGCGGUUUCUGUUCAAACAAUCUACAACUGACCCCUCCCACUUACCAGUGCACAUGCUCGGUGGCAUAUACGGGUGCGCAGUGCGAGACAGAGAUCAACGAGUGCGCACCCAUCAGCCCAUGCAGUGACAAUGCGCAAGACUGCAUCGAUCAUGUGGGGAGUUUCGAAUGUGUAUGCAGUUCAGGAUUUACAGGUGUCUUGUGCGAAACAGAUAUCGACGAAUGUAGUAGAUCAGAUGUUUGCUCAAACGGUGGCAUUUGUAUCAACACCGAUGGGUCUUUUGAAUGUCAGUGUGCCGGAGGUUUUACAGGAGAAUUAUGUGAAACGGAUAUCAAUGAAUGCGAUGAGUACCCUUGUCAGAAUGGAGCAUCUUGUACGAACGAGCAAGGCAGUUUUUCAUGCCAGUGUGCAGCGGGAUAUGAGGGAGAUACUUGUGAACAAGAUAUCAAUGAAUGCGAUGAGUAUCCUUGUCAAAAUGGAGCAUCUUGUACGAACGAGCAAGGCAGCUUUUCAUGCCAGUGUGCAGCGGGAUAUGAGGGAGAUACUUGUGAACAAGAUAUCAACGAAUGCGAUGAGUACCCUUGUCAAAAUGGAGCAUCUUGUACGAACGAGCAAGGCAGCUUUUCAUGCCAGUGUGCUGGAGGGUUUGAGGGAGAAACAUGUGAACAAGAUAUCAAUGAAUGCGAUGAGUACCCUUGUCAGAAUGGUGGGUCUUGCACAAAUCAGCAAGGCAGCUUUUCAUGUCAAUGUGCAGCGGGAUUUGAGGGAGACACAUGUGAACAAGAUGUCAAUGAAUGCGAUGCAAAUCCUUGCCAAAAUGGUGGGACUUGCACCAACAAGCAUGGCAGCUUUUCAUGCUACUGUGAUCUGGGAUUUACGGGCCUCACGUGCGAUCAAGAUAUAAACGAAUGUUCACAGUCUCCUGCCAUAUGCCAGAACGGUGGUCAAUGCAUAAACGCUGAGGGGUCCUACAGAUGUCAGUGUCUUGCGUCCUUCACGGGGACGCACUGCCAGGAAGAUGUUGAUGAGUGUUCUAGCAAUCCCUGUGUAAAUGGAACUUGCUCUAAUAGUUUCGGUUCAUACCUCUGCCUUUGCGCAGAUGGCUUUGAAGGAAAGAACUGUGACAGCGAUGUCAACGAGUGCUUCUUAGCGCCAUGUCUGAACUGGGCAACCUGUGUUAACACUCCAGGGUCCUACUACUGCCAUUGCUCGGAAGCCUACACGGGGAAGACUUGCAACAAGGAUGCAGAUGAGUGCGAGCUUGAGCCAUGCCUGAAUGGAGGUAGUUGCAUCAAUACGAUCGGAUCCUACCGAUGCGAAUGUCCGUUGUCGUUUACUGGGAAGAACUGUGAAGUGGAUGUCGAUGAAUGCCUCACCAGUCCCUGCCAGAACGGUGGGAGUUGUACUAACAUCUUUGGUUCGUAUACGUGCACUUGCCCACCAUCUUACUACGGUAAUAACUGUCUCGAUGACGUCAAUGAAUGUGAUGUCGAUCCCUGUUUUAACUAUGGUACAUGCGUCAAUCUUGUUGGUUCAUAUCGAUGCGAGUGCAAUCCCCAAUUCACAGGACAACUCUGCGAAGAUGAUGCAGACGAGUGCCAAGCCCUACCUUGCAACAAUGGAGGUAUCUGUACAAACACAUUUGGAUCCUACACCUGUGAGUGUACACCUUAUUACACAGGACAAAACUGCGAGAUCGACAUUGAUGAAUGCGAUAGCAGCCCAUGUCUUAACGGGGGAUCUUGCUCUAACAGCGUUGGUUCUUACGCCUGUACGUGCACGCCCUCAUACAGGGGUCAGCACUGCGACGAAGACGUUAACGAGUGUGAAACCAACCCCUGUUUAAACGAAGGGAAUUGUUCUAACAGUGUUGGUUCAUAUCAUUGCGAAUGCCCCCAUUCUUACACCGGGCGACACUGUGGUGAUGACGUAAAUGAGUGUGAAAACAACCCCUGCAGAAACGGAGGAACCUGUUCCAAUUUUCACGGUUCUUAUCAUUGCCAGUGCAGUGACCUGUUUGCCGGCGCACUUUGCGAAGAAGACGUGAAUGAAUGUAUAGACACACCCUGCCAUAAUGGAGGAACUUGUCUGAACUUACACGGUGACUUUUCCUGUACCUGUCCAGACACUAUGACUGGAAAAACCUGCGAAAGCGAUGUUGAUGAAUGUGCAAUUCACACCCCUUGUGAGAAUGGCGCCACAUGUAUCAAUGAAGAUGGAGGGUACAGCUGCGCAUGCGCCCAUGGAUUUCAGGGAGACACUUGCACACAAGACGUAGAUGAGUGUACCUUGACAACCCCGUGUCUGAACAAAGCUCAUUGUAUCAACAUCUUUGGUAGCUACUCGUGUGAAUGUGGGCGGAACUUCACUGGCAAAAAUUGUGCAAUCGAUAUCAACGAGUGUAUAUCAGAUCCCUGUCGAAAUGGAGGAUCCUGUAUUAACACGUACGGUGGUUUUGCAUGUGUCUGUGCUGGAGGUUUCCAGGGAGCACUUUGCAAUGAAGACGUCAACGAAUGUGAUAUACUAGGAAGAUGUAUGCACGGAAGUACAUGUAUCAACACAGAAGGUUCAUUUCGCUGCGAUUGUGCAGAUGGGUAUCAAGGACCACUUUGUGAAGUCGACAUCGAUGACUGUGCAGAAUCACCAUGUAUAAACGGAGGGGCAUGUGUUGAUGGUAUCGACAGUUUCACCUGUGUCUGCUUAUCAGGCUACUAUGGGAAGAGUUGUGAAAUAGUUGUGAGUGAGAACAUCCCAGACUGCGAGGAAGGGCGAGAUUCGAUUAGUCGUCUGUACUGGAAUAGAACGACUGUUGGUAAAACGGCUGUGACCGCCUGUCCACAGGGAACAACUGGGCUUGCUACCCGUGUAUGUUCGGCUCUUACCGAUGUCACACCAACUCUUUCGUCCUGGGAUACACCUGACCUGUCACUAUGUGUUAAUCCUAAUUUCUUGAUGGUCACCGAAAAGCUCGAUGAGCUUGAACAAAGACCAAACAUCACCGUCGACGAUGUCAUUGGCCUGGCCUCCCUUCUUUCGAAUUUGACGUCAUCGACGAAGAAGAAUCAGUCAUCUGACGCCAAUGAGCUCCAUAUCGUACCCCAAGACAUAAUGAUCACCACGAAGGCUCUAAGUGCAGUGGCAGAUCUAUCGGCGGAGAUCGCCAAAAAUCUGACUGACAAGGACAUUGAUGAUCUAACAAACGCAUUUGUUGACACCGUGGACCAUAUUCUUGAUGAUGCGAACCUUGGGGCGUGGAAGACCUCGGACGAUACCGACAUCGUGACUCAGCAGCUGACGUCAGUGGUUGCGUCUUCAGAAAACAUGGCCCUCAGCAUGGCUCAGGCUCGGAGGGCUCGGAGUCGAUUGGAUCAGGAAAAGGAUUCUGCACCCAAUGCUGCCAACCAGAGCCUGUCAUUCAAUAAGACAAAUAUAGAGUUCGAUGUCGUCUUCGUAGCGGACUCUGUGGACGAUGAACGCGAGAAGAGAACGUUCGCACGAUCAGGCGGUAGUCUCUCCCUCCCUCCGGAGGUCUUCCAGAUAGCCAAUCAGCAAAGCGAUGAUUCAGAUCAGUUAGCUAUAUACAGAGCUAGAUACCCAUCGCUUGCCUCAUUAUAUUCUGCCUUAGAAGAUGAAAGCAUAUCAAGAAUCAAUACUGAUGUGAUGGCUACCAAGAUCUUAGGUGUGGACGAGGUUUUCUUUGGGGAACUGACUGAACCUGUAGUAGGGAUCUACAAACAUCAAGAGCUUGGCGCCAAUUUGAACCCGAGUUGUGUAUUUCUUGAUCUCGAUCAAAAUUCUGGAGUACAGUCUGACAUAUGGAAGACUACUGGCUGUGAAGUCUACGCCAGCAAUAGAACCCAUACAACGUGUCACUGCAAUCAUCUCACAAAUUUUGCAGUCAUCAUGGAUGUCCAUGGUGUUCAGGAUAGCCUGUCGAACGGCCAUGGGACUGCACUGUCUAUUCUUUCUCAGAUCGGUGGGUCCAUGUCUAUCGUAGGAUGUGUAACAUCCGUAGCAGUAUACGAAUUCUUCAGAUUGAAAUCGGACAGGAUUCGCGUACACGAGAAUCUAGGAGUGGCUAUUGCUGUUUCACAGUUUAUCUUCCUUGUAGGGAUGGAACGAACCGAUAUUAUGUGGUUAUGUAAAGCGGUCGCUAUCACUUUCCACUACUCCAUCACGGCCAUGUUCUGCUGGAUGCUGCUAGAGGGCGUUCACCUCUACGUCAUGCUCGUCAAGGUAUUUGGAUCAGGAAGCAAUGUCAAGAAAUACCUAUUAGCGGGAUGGGGAAUUCCUUUCAUUGUUGCCGGAGUGUCAGCUGGUGUCUUCUACAAAGAAUACGCAGUGGGAAAUGUAUGUUGGAUGUCUACCAGAGCCAUGCUUAUUUCCUUCAUACCAACGGUAGCCAUUGUGAUAGUGGUGAACACGGCUUUCUUGAUUAUGGUACUUCAUGUGAUGAUGAGGUCAAUGUCGGCCAAGUAUAAGAGCAGGGUCUCAAGCAACACAUCACAAGUCAAGGCUGGAUUAAAAGCGGCCGCCAUCUUGUUACCUCUGCUUGGUCUCACGUGGGUGUUUGGAUUCUUGUCAGUAAAUGCUCGAACUCUCGUCUUCACUUAUCUUUUUGCCAUUCUCAACUCAUUUCAGGGGCUAUUCUUCUUCAUCGCCCAUUGUAUUCUGAACAUGGAGGUGAGAAAAGCAUACGAGCGUCGAUACGGCAAGACCAAGGCGGGAAUGAUCAGUUCUACAGCCCUUUCGUCCGUCUCCAAUACUGCCAGCGGGAAGGGUGGUAGCAGGAAUAUUUCGGGAAAAUCUAGGUCGACUUCAGGAUCAUCUUCUAAAAACAAGACAAAUGACACGGUGGCGCUUUGCAGGAAAGGCAGUAACGACUCACACGGCAUGGAUUGCCAUGACAACCCGGUAAAAACGUCAAGCGUGGAUGAAACUAACCAUCUUAACAAUGGAUUAAGUACUAAUCAGGAAUCUACCAAGAAGAAACUAAGCCCUGACGGACCACUACAGCAUAACGAAAUACAGUGCCUCGUGAAAGACAGCGAAAAGAAUAUCAACCAAGGAAAGCAAAAUGGCGGACUGUCCAAGGAAGCUAAGGUGGCUAUGGAAAACAUGAUUUCAAAAUCUAAUGUCGCCUCGAACAAUGAUAAUAUUGCAUAGAAGGAAAGAAAUAUACAUACAUUAAUUUUGAAACAAACGGCUUGAAGAAAGUGAUGUCAUUUACUCUCAAUAUUUGACUAUAUUUCGAUGUUCAGAUUAAAGAACUAAAAAAGAUGUAAUUUCUAUAACUCACUGCGACCUAUAUUUUUAAUUUGAUCAGUAAAUCACAUUUUGCACGUGGAAAACACUCUGUAUUUAUAAGUAGGACCACCCCAUCUACGUUAGAAGUACGCACAGGUUUGAGGCUGGUAUAAUGAUAGUUAAUAAAAGUGUAAAGGCCACCGCGCAACUUACGACUGACUGUUCGCUCUCCGAUUUUGGAACAAAUCGCAUUUUGCUCAUUUUCUGAAAAUGUGAAUGGAACAUAUCAUUUUAUUUGAGG